AUGGAAAAAAUGGACCUGCUCUGUAAACAUCAGUAUCUGAUUUUGGAGAGGAGAAACGCCAUUGACAGAUCUUCAAUUGGCGGUGAUUGAAAGAGAGAAGGAGAUUCCACCCACCUCAGUCUUCACCGCGAAGAAUCAGUCUUUAGUAUAAUUUAGUAAGGGGAGAUGGGGACAUGGAGGUCUACGAAGAAAAGAUGAGAUCAGGCAACUUCCACCAUGCCUGUCUCUCAUAAACUCCAAUCCGAACUAGAGCUUUGAAAUUAUUCAUAUGCUUUAAACCCCCGAUGAAAAAAGCCCUAGCCAAAUCUCUCUUCUCCCUCACAACACUCCGAUGGCGCCAUCUUCUUCCAUGCCACGACAGCCAUUUCUACGGUGCUCUUCUCACAAAUCGCAAGUGUGUUUUCACUUAUGCUCUCCCCCCUCCCGAAUGGGUGCAACCGUUUUCCAACCUAUCCGAUAUCGUCAAAGAUCCGAAAAAUCUUCAGCCCUCGCCAUGGGUCAACGAAAUUCUUAACCUCUUGAACAAUUCCUCUGCAAACAUGGAGCACGAUUUGGAUUCCUACUGUCGCAAAUUUCUGAUUCGUCUGCCCCCAAGUUUCGUCGCCGUUGUUUUGCAUUCCGACGAAGUCCGUCGUCAGUUCGAUGCUGCAACGAGGUUCUUCUACUGGGCGGGUAAGCAAAAGGGUUAUGCUCAUAACAUAGAAUGUUUUGUUGCUCUAUUUGAAAUCUUGGCUAAAUCCAAAGAUUUGAAUAGGAUUCAGCCUUUGUUUAGUGAAUUCGUGAGUAAGGGCUUGUUAAUGAAUGUUUCGGCUGCAAAUUCUCUUAUUAGAACAUUUGGGAAUCUUGGUAUGGUUGAGGAAUUGCUUUGGGUUUGGAGUCAAAUGAAUGAGAAUGGAAUUGAACCUAGUUUAUACACCUUCAACUUCUUGAUGAACGGGCUGGUGAACUCCAUGUUCAUUGAAUCUGCAGAGAAAGUUUUCGAGGUUAUGGAAGUAGGAAAGAUUAGACCUGAUGUCGUAACCUAUAACAUCAUGAUCAAAGGUUAUUGCAAAGUUGGGAAAACCCAGAAAGCCGUUGAGAAAUUCAGAGACAUGGAGUUGAUCGGAAAUUUGGAUCCAGAUAAGAUCACGUACAUGACGAUAAUACAAGCCCAUUACGGGGAAGGCGAUUUCGAUUCUUGUUUGAAUCUUUACCAUGAAAUGGACGAGAAAGAAAUCGAAAUACCUCCUCAUGCUUAUAGUUUAGUGAUUAGCGGACUCUGCAAGAACGGGAAGCCUAACGAAGCCCAGGCUGUUCUCGACAAGAUGAACCAAAGAGGCUGCAAGGCUAACAUCGCAAUCUUUACUUCCUUGAUCGAUGCUUUCGGGAAAAACAACGAUACAAACGAGGCCUUGAUCGUAUUCGAGAAGAUGAAGGAUUUAGGGAUGGAACCGGACGAAGUCGCGUACGGUUCAAUCGUUAAUAUCCUAAUAAAGUCGGGUCGAUUGGACGAGGCGAUGAAAUGUUUCGAAUCGUGUGAACGAAACAAUGCCGUCACCUACUCGAUCGCGAUCGACGGCCUAGGGAAAGUGGGGAGAGUUGAGGAGGCAGAGAGUCUUUUCGAAGAGAUGAUUAAGAAAGGAUGUACUCCCGAUUCGUAUUGUUACAACGCGAUCAUUGAUGCUUAUACCAAAAAUGGAAGGAUAGAAGACGCGAUUCAGCGGUUCGAGGAAAUGGAAGGUUUAGGAUGCAAUAGAUCAGUGUAUACUUAUACGAUAAUAAUAAAUGGAUUGUUCUUGGAACAUAGGAACGAAGAGGCGUUGAGAAUGUGGGGUGAGAUGAUCGAUAAGGGCAUUACUCCAAACGAUGCUUGUUGUAGGGCGGUUUCGAUUGGGCUAUGUUUAUCGGGGAAAGUGGGAAGGGCAUGUAAGAUUUUAGAUCAAUUGGCACCGAUGGGUGUAAUUCCAGACAAUAUGUUUGAAGAUAUGAUAAAGAGUUUAUGUAAAGUUGGACGAAUUCGAGAGGCUUGUAAAUUGGCAGAUGGGAUUGUCGAUAGGGGAAGAGAAAUACCGGGUAAGGUUCGAAGUAUGUUGUUGAAUGCAUUGAGGAAGAGUGGUAAUGCGGAUUUGGCCUUGAAACUUAUGCAUAGUAAGAUAGGGAUUGGGUAUGAUAGAAGAGGAAGCGUUAAGAGGCCAGUUAAGUUUAGGAUUCUAUUAGAAAACUGAUUGUCGAGUUUGAUCUGGCUCUUUAUAAUCUUGCAGAUUUUUCUGUUAUGGACGACCGCAAUGGUUCCAACUGAAAUCAUAGAAUUUUGUAGAAUAGAAUGUCAUCUCGAAUGGGUUUGUAAUUACUGGGAAUGUAUUUUUUUUUAAAACUAAGUUAGCAUAACAUCCACACUUCCAUUAAAGUGUAUUGGGAAUGUAUUUUAUAUUUUAAAU